AUGCAAAAUCAUACUGAAAUCAAAGCAAGCACGCCGAGACUGGCAAAUGGUUACUCGUACAUCACCAAGAACGAGAUGUUCAACAAAAUGACUGAAAUAGCCAAAGAUAACUCAAUUUUACGAGUAAUUGUGAAUAAUGAGAGAAUGGUCUCAUUUGUGUGUGAGAAUAACCAGUGUGAGGCAAUCAUCAAUGGCGUAUUCAACACUUUCACUGGCAAAUACCAAAUUAUUAGGCUGAAUCUGAAUCACAAGUGCUCUAUGAACACUGAGGUUGUAGCUAAAUGCAUUUUCAACUACCUGAGCAACGUAGGAGGGUACAGAACCAAAAUGAACAACAAUAUGACCAUAGGCGAAUUAACAAACAGGCUGAUGGGGCUGAACUAUUCAGUAGGCUACUUUGAGACCUACUCAUUUGUCCAAUACAGGAAGAAUAACGAGAGUCCAGGCAGUCUCCUGAAUACGACUGAAAUAUUUGGAAAUGUGGAUUUCCUAGUCAAAAAUUGCCUCAAGGAGUUUGAUAGGGAAUUCAGGGCAGCAAAUCCAUCAUUCACCAGUGCCCUGGGAGACGACUUCUACUACUUCAACAACAACGAGUUCUCAAAGUAUCUCAGACCAGUUCGUGAAAUCAAGCCAUUUCUAUUCAGCCAAUACGCCCUGAUUCUUGGAAUUGCAUUCUGUCCAAAUGAUGAGCCAAUCAUUGCCAGUGUCCUACUGAUGCAGAAGAAAGAGAUGGAUUCUGAAAAAGUGAAGGAAAAGGCCUUGAACAAGUUCAUCCAAAUUGAAAAGAGUCAAAAGGUGCUCUUUUUGACUGAAUUUGAUCCAGUUGAAAUAGAGGCAUUGGAGAAGUCACAGGUCGAAUACUUAAUCAAAUCACAUUCUCUGAUCAACUUCCUUGAUGAGACUGAUUUGGAUGAAAUAGAUCCACUCGACUACUUCCUACUACUCAACUACCCAAAUAUCAAGGACAUUUGUGCUGAUAGCAGAAAACUGAUCAAUCUUGAUCCAAAGCACUUUCUCAGGUUCAAAUCCAGGGAAAACACCUUUUUUCUCAACAAUACCAGGUGCAGUGACUUCGAGUUCCUCUGUGACGAAAUGGCCCUCCUCGACUUCUUCGAUUUCCUGAAUCUGCUGAUCUGGCACAUCAAAGAAGAUCACCUGGAACGGGAAUCAGAGUAUUCUGAUCAAAUACUCUCUGAUAAUGUGCUAGAAAUAGUUCAUAAUAAUCAGUUACAAAAUGCAAUAGGAGACUGUGAUGGAUUUGAGUGUACCAAAUACAAGGAGACUGGAAUACCCUGUGUCCACUUCUUCAAUUCCAAGGCAGCUCAGAAUGAGAAUGUUGAGAAUGCCCCUGUUGAUCUACCACUCUAUAGAACUGAUCCACACCUCUAUGCCAGCAAAUACUACCAUAGAAACCAGCUUAAGAACGUAUCAAAUAUCGAAACAAUCAUCAAAAUGGGACCAGCCAUGUACAGAAACCUGAAGUACAAGAUAAAAAUGAUAGGGAAAAAGUGA